ACCCAUCAUAUAUUGGUCAUUUGUUUCUGACCAUUUUGCAAUAUCUCAUAAUCACUAAGAAGAAUAUACAAAAUGGGCUUUGUUAAACAUGUUUUCAUGACAAUACUCUUUCUUUUGAUAAUAUUCGUUCUUUCGGCGCCGUCCUCGGCCAUGGACCUUCCCGUCACAUCCGGCGGUGACCACCGGAGCAACGAGGAGGUAGGGUUUAUCUUCCAUAUGUGGAUGUCCAAGCACGGGAAGACUUAUACCAAUGCUCUCGGAGAGAAGGAACAGCGUUUUCAGAACUUCAAGGACAAUCUCCGUUUCAUCGACCACCACAAUGCAAAGAACCUCUCUUACCAGCUUGGUUUGACUCGUUUUGCUGACCUAACCGUUCAAGAGUACCGAAACCUUUUCCCUGGAAGCCCUAAACCAAAACAAAGGAAUCUCAGAAUCAGUCGUAGGUACGUGCCACUCGCCGGAGAUCAGCUUCCCGAGUCAGUUGACUGGAGGAACGAAGGUGCAGUGUCGGCUAUUAAAGACCAAGGCACUUGCAUGGCAGCAGUAGAGGGAAUAAACAAGAUCAUGACAGGAGAGUUAAUCUCAUUGUCCGAGCAAGAAUUGGUCGACUGCAACUUAGUCAACAACGGUUGUUAUGGAUCAGGCACAAUGGACAAAGCUUUCCAGUUCCUUAUCAAUAACAAUGGUCUUGAUUCCGAAACAGAUUAUCCAUACCAGGGCUUGCAAGGCUCCUGUAACCGCAAAGAGUCAAACAAGAUCAUCACAAUUGAUAGCUACGAGGAUGUGCCAGCGAAUGAUGAGAUUUCCUUACAAAAGGCGGUUGCUCACCAGCCCGGUAUAUAUAAUGGACCAUGCGGGACAGAUCUUGACCAUGCACUUGUUAUCGUUGGGUACGGUAGUGAGAACGGUCAGGACUAUUGGAUCGUGAGAAACUCAUGGGGCACGACGUGGGGAGAUGCUGGCUACGCGAAGAUGGCUCGUAACUUUGAAUAUCCAUCAGGUCUAUGUGGGAUUGCGAUGCUUGCUUCAUACCCUGUCAAGAAUUCGGCUUCGAAUGCAUGAGAGUAAUUAAUCAUGUGUUUGUUUGAGUAUGUCUAAAGGAAUCUGUCCUAGUACUUUGAAUGCAGACUGUACUGAGUAUCUGGAUUUUUUAGAUGUUUUAGCCAUGGGUGCUAACUCAAUAAAAUGUUUCUACUUUU